CGAUUACAGCGCGAGUUGAAGAAGCUGAAGGAGGAGCCUGUGGCUGGAGUACAUGCAACGCCUCUCCCCUCAAACAUGCUCGAAUGGCAUUUUGUCAUAGAAGGACCUGCUGGCUCGCCUUACCAGGGAGGAUACUAUCACGGCAUCAUCCGCUUUCCCCAGGAGUACCCUUAUAAGCCACCGUCUAUCCGGAUGCUCACCCCAAGCGGCCGCUUUGAGCCGAACCAACGGAUUUGUCUUAGCAUGUCUGAUUUCCAUCCGGAGACUUGGAACUGCAUGUGGUCAGUUUCUUCCAUCUUGCAAGGAGUGGUAUCAUUCAUGUUGGAUAGUGUGCCUGCUAUUGGCACUAUCACUACCAGUGAAAGUGUAAAACGACAGCUUGCAAGAAAAUCAAUGCGCACAAACUUGAAGGACAAGACUUUUUGUGAACUAUUUUCAGAUUUGAUAGAAGAUUGGGAGGCGGUAAAUUUUGUUGUAUUGCUCGUGCUGGAUGCUAUGCAGUAA